AUCAUAAUUCACUUGCCUUUUAACUUUAAACUUAUUCGAAGCAUUCUAUUUUUUCGAAGCAUUAUAUUUUGUAUUUGUGAGAUUCUUAAAUCGAAAAUACCCACUUCAUCAGGAUGCUAUCCCCGAUUAUCGACUUCUGGCUGCAGUUUAUGCAGGGCUUCAACCUGGUGAUGGAAUAUGUGCAACAUUCGGCGAUCUUGAAGAUAUUGGUCAGCUGCAUUAUGUCCCUGGCGUUUCUCAACAUCGUGAGAGCGGGCGGCCUCAUGAUCCGGAAGGUGGCUAUGGCCAUAGCCCCCAAGAAGCAGCAGCGGAAGCUGGCCCCACAGCCGACGCCCAUUAACAUUGUGCGGAGCAUGGCGCGCAAAAUGGAGCUGGGCAGCCUCCUGGACUGGAAACACUACGACGACAUGCCCCUGGCCAUGCUGCUGGAGAACAACGGCAGCACGGUGAUCCUGCGUAUCUGCUGCGAGCCAUACUUGGUGCCCCAACUGAGCGGGGGCGACCUGCCGGGAGAGUACCACUUCGUGGAGGCGUGCUUCAAGUGGGGCCCGCUGCGCGCCGAGCACUCAAUAGACUCGAUGAAGUUCUCGCUGGAGAUGCAGGUGCUGCACCGCUGCAACCAGGACCACGUCCCCUUCGAGUACGUGACGGUCUCCUAUCUGUUUGUUAUAAUGGGGAAUGGGAACGGCCCCCUAACCACGAUCACCGAAAACCUUCGGUGCAUCGCUCGUCCCGAUUCGCAAAUGGAACUGCCGGCCUUUGACCUAGCCUCCCUAAUGAAGCCCUUCGACAGUAACUUCUACAGCUACGAGGGCACCUACGACAACGGUGCCCAGGUCCUACCCACCAAGUGGCUGAUCUGCACCUACAUCUUCGCCAUCAGCUCGCAGCAAGUGUCCCAGUUCUCUACCCUCUGUGGUCGCGAUGGCACCAGCAUCCACUGCAACGCACGCAAGGAGCAGCCGCUGGGGAAUCGCUCCGUCAAUUUCCACAUUUAUUGACAAGCUUAUCUCCUCGUACGAAUACAAAAUACUCAUCGCAAUCGUUAAUUUUUUUCCCCAGAGGUGUUCCGUGUUUAAAAGAUGGAAUUUUAUUAGUCUUCUACCCUCGAGGGUACGAGUAAAUACAUAAAUACACGUAAAUGUCGUUCUCUACUA